AUGGAGCAGCGGAGAAGGGGCGGCUGCUUCUGCUUGCUCGCCGUGGCGGCGGCGGUGGUGGCGGUGGCGGCCGGUGGCGAGGCGAAGCUGUCGCCGGACCACUACCGCAGGACGUGCCCGCGCGUGGAGUCGAUCGUGCGGUCAGCCGUGGCCAGGAAGGUGAGGGCGACCUUCGUCACCGUCCCGGCCACCCUCAGGCUCUUCUUCCACGACUGCUUCGUCCAGGGCUGUGACGCGUCGGUGAUGAUCGCGUCCGGCAGCAACGACGCCGAGAAGGACGCGCCGGACAACCAGUCCCUCGCCGGCGACGGCUUCGACACCGUCGUUCGCGCCAAGGCCGCCGUCGAGAAGGCCUGCCCCGGCGUCGUCUCCUGCGCCGACGUCCUCGCCCUCGCCGCCCGCGACGUCGUCUCCAUGGUCGUCGGGCCCGAGCUGGACGGUGGAGCUCGGCCGGCUGGAUGGGCUCGUCUCCAAGGCCGGCGACGUCACGGGCAGGCUGCCGGGCCCGGACAUGCGGCCGGACGCCAUCACCGCGCUGUUCGACGGCAACGGCCUCGCCGUGCGCGACAUGGUCGCGCUCUCGGGCGCGCACACCGUCGGCUUCUCCCACUGCGCGCGCUUCGCGGGGCGGCUGUACCGGCGCGGCGCGGCGGAUCCGUCGUUAAGCCCGUCGUACGCGCGGCAGCUGAUGGCGGCGUGCCCGCCGGACGUGGACCCGACCAUCGCCGUCGACAUGGACCCCGUCACGCCCACCGUGUUCGACAACAAGUACUACGCCAACCUGGCCGCGGGCCUGGGGCUGUUCGCCUCCGACCAGGCGCUGCACGACGGCGCGGCCUCGCGGCCGGCCGUGGAGGGGUUCGCCGGGAACCAGACGCUCUUCUUCGAGGCGUUCAAGGAGGCCAUGGUGAAGCUGGGGAGGGUCGGGGUGAAGAGCGGCGGCGACGGGGAGAUCAGACGAGACUGCACCGCCUUCAACUAGUAGGAGAGGAGGAGGCCGGCCGACGGGCGCGGUGA